AUGCCCGUGUCCCAAGAGGGGUGGCUUCGUGUGAAGCUCAUCGACCCCCGGGCAGUGCAGGUGUUGGAGACGAUGACCGCCGACCUGAGGCCUGGUGACUCAAGGGCGGCGAAGCUGACGGGGGCCAUGAUCGUCAAAGAAUUCAUGACGCAGCGCGUGGCUCCCCUUCAGGCGCGCCCGCGCCCCUUGUGGAAGCUUGGAGACGAAGGGGACGACCUCCGCCUGUGCCCAGAGGCCCUUUCUGACGAGGAGUUGCGCUCGGCCCUCCGCUCCUUGGUUGGGGACGACCAAGGGUACCCGCCGGACUCCUUCGUUCCCUUGUAUCGCCGCCCGGAAGGGGCGGAGGUCGCUGCCACCAUGCCCGUCUUUGAUGGGCGCGGACUCGUGCCGCCUGCGCCCUCUGAUGCCCUAGCGACGGCGACUCCUGUGGUGGUGUCCUCCGACGAGGAGGGGCAGGACUCGGCGGCCACCCCGGAAGGGUCUGGGGAGACCUCCCCUCCGCGCAAGGCUGAUCUCCUUCGCUCCUUGCCCGACGACGAUGCCGGCGACCACCUGGUGAAGGAAGUCCCGCCUCCCGCUAAGGCUACGACGAGGUCCAGGGUCUCCCCCUCAGGGAAGCCAACGUCCGUCGUCCCGACGAAGGGCAGAUCGUCGCUGAUCUCUCGGGAUGACACCCCCGCUUCACCGCCGCCUGGGGCCACCGCGGCCCCGCAGACUCCCGGGGACCGCGCGCCUGCGCCCCAGGGCACGAGGCCCCUGAGCUUUGCACUCCUGAAGAGGCACCGGGACUACACCGCCGUGGACCAGCCGACGUCGUCGUCGGGGCCCCAGCAGUCUGGCACGGCCGCACCUCCUUCGGUGCAGAAGGGCGGCGAUGGCGCUCGCAUUUCUCCGGCCCGAUCAUCCUCACGAGGCCCAGAGGAGCGCCCCCAGGAGAGGGCACCCGCCAAGGCCUCGCCAGCUCCUGAGGCACUCAUCCCCAGGCCAUCGGCCGAGGCCCCAAAGGCCCCGGAGCUUCUGGCUUCUUCCUCCACCGCCAUCAGCCCGCAGGUCUUGGCGGCGACACUGCCUCCCUCUUCCGCCUUACCAUCAGCUCACAAUCCUUCUGCCUUGCCUGACGCCCUGGAGCACGCUCUUUCUGCACUGACCCUGUUGCGGGAGGUGGCGCUGAAGGACGCCGGGGCUGCCCAGGAUCGCUGCCGGUCGCUGGAGGCCGAGCUGGCGGCCGUGCGCAACGAGCGUGCUGCCGAGGCUCGAGGACGCCAGGUGGAGGAGGAGAAGAUGAAGGCCCGAGAGGAGGCCGUCAGGGGUCGCGACACCGAGCUGGAGCAACUGGCGAAGGUGCAGGCCACGGAGCGCAGCCGGCUGGAGAAGCUGGAGCAGGAGAUGAAGGCAGAGAAGGCCGAGCUGCAAGCCAAGGCGAAGGUCCUGGCCGAGGACUGCCCCUUCAAGUUCCUUAAGGAGAAAUCCCGCGUGGCGCUGCAGGCACUCUAUGAGAAUGGCUUGGAGGAGCCGAUGGCGAAAGACGACGAGGGCCCCGCCCAGCUGCUUCCUCACCUGGUCGAGGCGCUUGAGGGCGUCGUGGAUGGAAUCGCUCCGUUGGUGGAGGGGGAGGCCCGUGCACUCUCCUCGGAUGCACUGAUGCGCGUCUUCAACCACCUCCAUCUUCGCGAUCCUGACGCCGACCUUGACGAGCUGCUCGAGCCCAUGGACGACGAGCGAUGUGCAGCUGCUGCCAAAGCCGUGAAGAGCCAGGUGGAGGCCUUGCUGGAGAAGUUCCGCGCCUUCGAUCCCGCGCCCUCAACUGGCGGUGCUGCUGCACCGGCAACUCCGGCGGGCGGUGCAGGCGAGGGCAACGCUGCUGUGGAAGGGCCAUCCCUUGCAGGUGACGGCGGCGUCCAGGGAUGA